CAAGCCAGGCUGAAUCUGUUCUAGCGGAAGGUGUCCCUGUCCAGAGCAGGGGGGCUGGAACAAGAUGACCUUUACAGUCCCUCCCAAGCCGAGCCAUUCCCCGUGCCCGCAAUCCCUCUCCCGUCCUGCAGGACGCCGCUCCUCGGCCCUCACGGCGGGGCCGGGCCGGGCCGGGCGGGGCUGUGGGGGCGUUCCCGGGCGGGGCCCGGCUCGGUUUAACCCGGCACGGCACAGCAUAGCACAGGCCAGCCCGGCUCAGCCGUGCCCGCCAUGGCCAUCGCGCACAUCGCCACCGAGUACGUCUUCUCCGAUUUCCUGCUCAAAGAGCCGCCGGAGACGCGCUACAAGGGGCUGCGGCUGGAGCUGGCGCUCGACAAGAUCGUCACCUGCAUCGCCGUGGGGCUGCCGCUGCUUCUCAUCUCCCUGGCCUUCGCCCAGGAGGUCUCCAUCGGUGCUCAGAUAAGCUGUUUUGCACCCAGCUCUUUCUCCUGGCGACAAGCUGCUUAUGUGGACUCCUAUUGCUGGGCAGCUGUGCAGCAGAAGCAACCAUCCCACAACAACUUAGAAAACAUACCCCUGUGGCUGCAUAAAUUCUUCCCAUACAUCCUUCUGCUUGUUGCUAUCCUGCUGUAUCUACCAUGUUUGUUCUGGCGCUUCACUGCAGCACCUCACCUUUCCUCAGACCUGAAAUUUAUUAUGGAAGAACUUGACAAAGCCUAUAACAGGGCAAUCAAAGCUGCUAAUAGUAUUCGAAGUGGAGACCCCAGGGAUCCUACUGACUUGAUUCCAGCUACUAGUGAGAACUUGACACAGAGUUUAUGGGAAAUAUCUGAAAGCUACUUUAAAUACCCAAUUGUGGAGCAGUACCUGAAGACAAAAAAGAAUUCUAAGUGCUUAAUAAUUAAGUACAUUACCUGCCGUUUGCUCACACUAGUAAUUAUUUUCAUUGCAUGCCUCUAUCUUGUCUACUACAUUAGUCUCUCCUCUUUGAGUGAUGAGUUUCUCUGCACUAUCAAAACUGGGAUCCUAAAGAAUGACACAACUGUUCCAGAGGUGGUUCAGUGCAAGCUUAUUGCUGUUGGUGUCUUCAAGGUACUCAGCUAUAUUAACCUGAUAGUCUAUCUGCUGGUGAUGCCCCUGGUAGUGUAUGCAAUGUUUGUUCCAUGGAGAUGGAAUUCAGGUAUUCUCAAAGUGUAUGAAAUCUUGCCAACUUUUGAUGUUCUGAAGCUUAAGUCAAAGAAUUUUGAUGACUUAAGCCUUUACCUCCUCUUUCUUGAGGAAAACGUGAGUGAACUUAAAUCAUUUAAAUGCCUCAAAGUGCUGGAGAACAUUGCAGUUUCUGAGAAGUUUGAUGUCAUGCAGCUUUUGGUAAACCUUGGUACUAUUAAGACUGAUACCAUAGAUGGGAAGCCAGGGACGGCCGAGUUGGAGAAGCCUGAAGAAACAACUACAGAAGGGCUGGAAAAAGAGGCAACAGAGUUACAAGUUCUGACAGACCGUGAUGCAAGUGGCAGUGUGAACACGAGAGAAGACAAGAGGCUUCGCCAGAGACUUAUAGAUUCUUCCUGCUGA